AUGCGUAGCGCCGCAGCGAUCGACAGGGCGGAGGGUGCUACGGUGCUAGUUUUUCACAAAAUGGUCCCACAAGGCUCCAAUACCCGAGCCAGGCUUGCCAGGUUUGCUUUUCCUGUGCCCAGUCUCCAACAAGUCACCAAGUCACGGACAAGUCUCACGGGUCUCCAACAGGCUCUUCCAGUUGCCCCGAAUGUAUGGACCGCCGAGCACACAAAAUUGGAGCCUGUUGGCGGGCGUGUCCGCUUUGCCAACGAGUUCUCCGCCAACACCUUCUCCGCGUUGGCAACCGGGCGGAACUUGACGGGAAAUGCCUCGCCGCGGCUCACCGCGACAGCGGCGAACUGGUAUGCAACCGGCUAG